AAAAUUCAAAAGAAAAAACACUAAUUAACAAAUUAAACUUCCUUCUCUCUUCCUUUUUCUAGCCAAAAUCUCCCUUCAUUUCCAAGAAUCUUGGCCUUUGUUUUUCAUUUUUUUAGCUCACAAUUUACACCAGCGGCCUGGUUAAGCAUCGAAGCACACGCCAUCUAAAGCCUGGGAGAUCUCUAACAUCUUCCUUGACCUUUCAUUUCCUCGCAAGAUUUUAUAGCCAGUUGAAUAUACAUACGUAGUCGGUGCACAGUAAAAUACUCAAAUUAAGACCUGAGAGAUUUUACAGAUCUCUGAAAUUCUUUGGCUGUUUUCUUUAUCUGGGUUUUUGUUAAAUUUGUGAAACAUUUAUGGGUUGGAGAUAUAAAGCUGGUUUGUUCUUGAUAGCCGCUGUUGUUAUUAUAUGGGUCACCUCUGCGGAAGUUACCCAGGAUAUCUUUGCCGAUUAUAAGCAGCCAUUUGCAGUGACAUAUCUUGGAGCUUCUCUUUUGGUGGUUUACCUCCCAGUGGCAUUCCUUAAAGAUUGGACACGUAAUCUGCUAAAGCGACAGUCUUCUAAAAGUGGUAAUGAUGCAACCAACGUAAAUGGGUCUUCUGAUGAAUUAAGCUCUCCUCUGAGUCGCAAAAUCUUUGAAAUGGAACUUCAGGGAACUUUGACUAAAAAAGACAGUGAAUUGGACCUUGCAUCUUCAGAAGAAGGAAAGCCAUUAGUUUCUAGACACAAGGAUGAUUUGAAUGUUCUUAUACAUGACAAAGAGCCCACAAUCAGAGAAAUUGCUAUGUGUGGUUUUUAUAUUGCCCCUAUCUGGUUUGUAACUGAGUACCUAUCAAAUGCUGCACUAGCACGGACGAGUGUUGCUAGUACAACAGUUUUGUCAUCAACUUCUGGACUCUUUACUCUUUUCAUCGGUGUGUUUUUGGGUCAAGAUUCUUUAAAUGCAGCAAAGGUGAUAGCUGUCCUGGUGAGCAUGGCUGGUGUUGCCAUGACUACUUUGGGAAAAACAUGGGCUGCAGAUGAGUCACCACUAAGUGCUUCCACCAACGGCAAACGCUCGCUUGUUGGGGAUCUUUUUGGUCUUCUCUCAGCCGUGUCAUACGGACUAUUUACAGUGCUUCUUAAAAAGUUUGCUGGAGAAGGAGAAAGGGUUGAUGUGCAAAAGUUGUUCGGAUAUAUAGGAUUGUUUACACUAGUAGCUCUGUGGUGGCUUGUUUGGCCUUUGACAGCCUUGGGAAUUGAACCCAAGUUUACAAUCCCUCACUCUGCUAAAGUGGAUGAAAUUGUUCUUGCCAAUGGCUUUGUUGGAAGUGUCCUCUCUGACUACUUUUGGGCAUUAUCUGUUGUAUGGACAACUCCAUUGGUGGCCACCUUGGGCAUGUCCCUCACCAUCCCUCUUGCUAUGCUAGCUGACAUGGUGAUUCAUGGCCGUCAUUAUUCAGCAAUUUACAUUCUUGGUUCUGCUCAGGUAUUCGCAGGUUUCAUGAUAGCUAAUCUUUCGAAUUGGUUCUCAAAGAAGUUAGGGUUAUAGCAUUGGUGAAAUCCCGGCCUAUAGCAAUCCUGAUUUUUUUCUCGGGGCUUUUCUUCACCGGUUUGACUUGAUAUCAAAGUCUUGGUGUGAUGUGAUCCCCUCAAUGUGUUGUUGUCUUUACAGGGAAUGUACCGUCAUGGUAUAGUGUAAAUGUAAUCCACAGGGUUUUGUAUUUUGUGAUGAUCAGGUCUGUUGGAGGGAUGUGCCCUAAUUGAAAUGAAAACAUUUUCGUUCAAAGAAAAAAAAAAACUGUUCUUUUA